CAUCAGCCGUCAUUUCAAUAAUGUGUUGAAGGCAGUCAAGUCACUCUCUCGUGAAUUCUUACAAACACCAACCCCCACCACCCCUCCAAAAAUCCUUGGAAAUAUUAGAUUUUAUCCAUAUUUCCAGGAUUGUGUAGGAGUCAUUGGUGGAAUGCACAUUCCAGCCCAUGUCCCAGCCAAAGAUCAAUCCCGUUUUCGAAACAAGAAAGGUGUUCUUUCACAAAAUGUGUUGGCAGCUUGCACGUUUGACCUCCAGUUUAUAUUCAUUUAUCCUGGUUGGGAAGGAUCAGCAGCAGGUUCACGUGUAUUGAAGGCAGUUCUUGAUGAUCCACAUCAGAAUUUUCCUUGUAUUCCUGAAGGGAAAUAUUACCUUGUUGACUCAGGAUAUGCAAAUAUGAAAGGAUUUAUUGCUCCAUUUCAAGGGGUAAGGUAUCAUGUUCAUGAAUAUAGAGGUGCUAAUCAGUUACCUAGAAAUGCAAGGGAGCUAUUUAAUCACAGGCACUCAUCUCUUAGCAAUGUCAUCCAGAGGUCUUUUUCUUUGUUGAAGACUAGGUUUCCUAUUCUCAAACUUGCUCCUCAGUAUGCUGUUCAUAUUCAAAGAGAUAUAGUUAUAGCUGCAUGUGUUCUACACAAUUACAUCCGGCGUAUGUCAGAAAAGGAUUGGCUGUUUUCUGAUGCAGAAAGGAUAACGAUGGAUGAAUUGUCUGAUCUUGAUGAAAAUCCUGACAUGGAAUUGGUUGCUUCGUUACAAGAACAUGUUGCUUUUUCAUUGAGAGAGUCGAUUGCCGCAGAAAUGUGGAAUGACUUUAUAAAUAGAUGGGAUCAGUGGUAACUGU